UGAGAAUUCUUAAAAUAUGCUUGCCAGUCCCCAUGCAUUUAAAUAAGUCCUAUAAUAUAUAAGUAGUAAUCUAUCUUAUCAGUUGAGCUCAAGCUCAUGGGUUUUAUAAAUAUUAGCCUUAACCCACCUUACGAUUAGCAGGUGGGGGCCAUACUUCCUCUUAAAUAAGUUGGUAAGGUGAAGGUUGAAGAAGCCAAGUUAGAUGCAGAGAUACUGAAACACCCUCCUCAAAAUUUUCAAGGCCGUGGUGUCCAAAUGGAAAAUAGAGGCCUCAGGGGUUCCCGAUUUGGAAGAAAUAGAAACAGUUGGUGUUUCCAAUUUGAAGAAAAUAGAGGCACUAGGGGUUCCCACUUUGAAAGUAAUAGAGGAAAUAGGGGUUCCCGAUUUGAAGAAAAUAGAGACUAUAGGGGUUCCCGAUUUGAAAGAAAUAGAGACAAUAGGGGUUCCGGAUUUGAAGAAAAUAGAGACUAUAGGGGUUUUCGAUUUGAAGAAAAUAGAGACAACAGACGUCCCCAACUUGGAAACAUUUGUAUCAAUAGGUGCCCCCAAUUGGAAGAAAAUAGAGACAACAGGAGAGAUAACGGCAACAACCAGCUUAGUGAAAAAACUGAUUUUAAUGAAGGAGUCAACUGUUCUGAAAGUUGUCCUCCGAAGCACGACGACCGCCCAAAUAAGGAUGAAGAUUGCAUAAAGACAUUAUCUAAAGAUCAAACGAACCAGGACUCAAGAAUGUCUGGAGGCAUUAUGAGACCAAACAUCGUCAAAAUGAUUCCGGGUGACUUAUUUUCCGCACCAAACGACUUUGCUCUUGCCCAUUGUGUGGGACAAGAUUUCCGCAUGGUUAGUGGAAUAUCUCUGAAGUUCAAGAAUGAAUUCAAGAGAGUCGGGGAGUUGUUGGACCAGAAGGUUUCAGUUGGAGGCUGUGCUCAUCUUGAUGUGGAUGGACGGUUGAUCUUUUAUCUGGUAACCAAAGAGUUCAGUAAUAGUAAACCCCAAUAUGAAGACCUUCAUCGCUCAUUGAUAGCCUUGAAGGAGAAGUGUCUCCAGUUCAAAGUGAAGAAGUUAGCAAUGCCACUAAUAGGCUGUGGGCUGGACAGGUUGGACUGGUCUAGAGUGAAAACCGAUAUCAACCAGGUGUUCUACAAUACCAAUAUUGAAAUCCAGGUCUACGACUUCAAAGUGGAAAACUCUAAAACUAGGCUGAAGAACAUAACAUCAUAUCUGCAAGAAAUUAUAGAAUGUCCAGUGUGUCUGGACACCAUCAAAAUUCCAUUUAAGACAUGCAGCAGAGGCCAUGGGGUUUGCAACUGCUGCUGCGAGAAGUUAAAGAAUUGCCCAACAUGUGAAGCUCCUUUUACAACAGAGAAUCCUGUGUGUUUGAAAAACCUUCUGGAAGCCAUACCUCGUCAGUGCAAGUACCAUGAAGAUGGUUGCCAAGAAAUUUUAGAACCAUGGAGUGACCAUGAGGACUUUUGUGGUUUUAGACCUGCGGAGUGUAGGCAAAGGGAUUGCAAAACUGUGAUUCCUUUGAUAAAACUGGUGGAUCACUAUGAGAAAGAGCAUUGUGGCUCACUUCAUAAGUACAAACCAAAUUCAUCCGAAUGUUUUUCUUUCCAAAACUUGAAUCCUGAUGAAUACUAUUUUGAACAUCUGCCUAUCUUUGUGUUUGACAAUAUAUUCUGGAUUACUCAAACUAAUAAUUUAAACCAGAAAUAUUUUGAAAUUAAAUUUGAAGCAACUCCAAUUGGGAAGUUGGAAAAUGAAUAUUUUGUUAAAGUAAAGAUUGAAAAGGAUGAUUUUUUACAUGCAUCUACAUUGAAGGCUUCUAUUGUAAACAGUUGUGAAAAACGGGGGGAGAGUAACUCAGAUGACGAAGAUAAUUGGAUGAAGAUUCCACAGAGGGCCUUAUAUAAAGUUAUAGAUGAAGGAAAAUUUGAAUAUGAAUUGAAGUUUUUUGAAUGCCAAAAGUAAAAUCUCCUUACGAACUUGGCAUGCAACUUGUUCAAAUAUUGAUUAAGUUUUGUGUAUGAAGCUUUGACAUUUCAGAGUUUCCUCCCUAAGCUGGGUUCAAUACCAGUCUCUUCAACAAGAUAAAACUUGAACAAUCUAUAAUGUUAUGUAUUUUAUUUUAUUAGAUUUUUAAGGCUGUAGUUAAAUUUUUAACUAUGUGAACUGGUGAUAUGCUGUUAUAAUGGAGAAUCUAGUAUAAUACAGUGCAAUUAGCAAAAAAAAAACUGUAUAAAUUCAAUAUCCAAAGUGAAAGGUUAUCGUAUGACUCAAAACUGUUCCAUAUAGUCCCCGUAUUGUAUGAUAAAAAGUAACACGAUUUUGUGCUUUAGGUUUGGGGGGAGGGGGGCUUAAAGUUGAAAAAUCUGUAGUUUUUUAUUGUUUAUAUCAAAUAUUUCAAUAACUUUUGCGGUUUAGCGCAAAACAUCUUAUUUACAAAAAUAACUUAUGAUGAAUUAUCCUUAUCGAUAAUAGUUCCUCCAAACCUGACUCUCAAAAUGUAACUUUUACGAUACUUUACAGGGACUGUUAAACAGUUUGGAGUAAAAGUUAGCUAUCACUUUGGAUUUUGAGGUUAAGGUCUAAUUGUAUUGUACUCAUACCAGAGAAAGCAAGUAAAGUACUACAGUAUGACUUAACUGCGAACAAAUAUAAAAUGGACGAAGUGUCCUUUACACUGCCUUAAUUAAAUGAUUUUGUAAUUUUGAAGAGUGAUAUCAUAGUGUUAUGAUAGAGAAAACUUGGACAAUAUUGUAAAGAAUUUUAAGUGUGCAAUUUCAAAUAAAUGUCAAAUAUCUAGACCUCAUAUAAGUGUUGAGUAUUGUAUCUGUAAUGUACAGAUAAUGUAUGUAAGGAUGACCUAAUGAUAACUGACAUUACAAUUUUGAAAGAGUUAAAUAUGAGAAUAUGGUUUCCUUUCCACAUAUGUUCUUAACUACAUGAUUUUGAUGCAACAAUGAAUAACAAGAAAGCGUUUCUUGAUACUUUUUUAUAAAGCUUUUUUUUUAAGAUAUUGCGCUAGUUAUGUAUUUUAAGUAUUUUGAUAACUUGGUGUAAUCU